AUGUUACCAAAAAAUUUAUCAAAGAAAGAUCAGAAAGUCACGGUGAAAAAAAGAGCACUUGAUUCCUCCGAAAGUGAGUCAAUUCCUUCAUUAUCUUCUGGAGAGCAUGAAACUUGGGAGGACAUUAUCUCUGAAGAUAGAGAAUGGCUAGAAAUUGGUACUUUGCAACAGUUAAAUGAAGACUAUCAAUUUCAUAGAGGUGAUUUUGUACUGGUAAAAGUAUCAGGGAAAAAAACAAUAAAAUACUAUGUUGGUGAGAUCAUAAGCAUAGGCGAUGAAAAUGAACUUAGGUACCUGCGGCGAGUUAACAACACCGAUAAAUUUGUGAAUGAUUCUGCAGAGACAUACGACUUUUGUCCUACCGACUUAGUUUGUAAGCUACCGCAACCGAAAACCCUAAAAGGGACUGCUCGACAUAGCUCACUAUUAUAUUUUGAAGUUAAUUUUGACAAUUAUAAUGAUAGUUAA